UCCAUCACACACACAUAUACACACAAACACACACUCAGUUAGUGACAGAGGCUGCUUAUAGUAACACACACCAGUCUGCUUUAGAUUCAUCAUCAUCAUCGUCUGUCGUCCGUCCAUCAUGCACAGCAAAGAACAAAUCAGUCAUGACGAAUAUCAGAAGACAGCUGAUUGGCUGAUGUCUCAUACGAAGCACCGCCCCCAGGUGGCGAUCAUCUGCGGGUCUGGACUGGGCAUGCUCGCUGACACCCUCAAGUGUCAGGACUCCUUCGCUUAUUCAGAUAUACCGGGCUUCCCACAGAGCACAGUGCAGGGUCAUGCAGGUCGGCUGGUGUUCGGGGAGCUGAAGGGGAAGACUUGUGUGUGCAUGCAGGGUCGCUUCCACAUGUAUGAAGGACACUCACUCUGCAAGACGACAUUUCCAGUGCGAGUCUUCAAGCUGUUGGGGGUGGAGACUCUGAUCGUGACGAACGCUGCUGGCUCAUUGGCCGACGGUCUCCAGCCUGGUGACAUCAUGAUCAUCAAAGACCACGUAAACUUCCCUGGAUUGGUCGGUCUGAACCCGCUGAGCGGACCCAACGACGACAAGUUCGGGCCUCGUUUCCCGGCCAUGUCAGGUUGCUAUGACAAAGGCCUGCGUUGCUUAGCAAUGGAGAUCGCCAAGCAGCUGGGCGUGGCCGGCCUCAUGCAGGAGGGCGUGUACGCCAUGGUGGGGGGGCCAAACUUUGAAACUAUCGCUGAGGCCAGACUGCUGCAUCGACUCGGGGUGGAUGCUGUCGGUAUGAGUACGGCUCCUGAGGUCGUUGUGGCGACUCACUGCGGUCUGAGAGUCUUUGGCCUCUCUCUGAUCACCAACAAGGUGGUGAAGAGUUACGAGGACACGGACAGUGUGAACCAUGAAGGCGUCCUGGAGGUCGGUCGGCUGCGCUCUCAAACCGUGCAGCAGCUGGUGACCGAACUGAUCAGCAGGAUGGAAAUCAAUAACAACAACAACAAUGCUGUCUGAACACACGUACACUCAAACACACACUGUCUAUAUACUUGAUCGUUGUAUUUAUCUGCAACAUUUUUAUCAUCCUUAAAACAUAUUUUUUACUUAUAUAAUGAAAAAACUUUAUUUAUAUCAACAUGGUGCCUAAUAAUAAUAAUAAUUCUCUAUCAGGGUGCUUUUAAGUUUUCAUUUAUGACACAGAUUAAUAUAACGCUGAUCACUGCGUCAGAUGGUGCUUUUAUAUAAAAAUAUAUGAGACAAAGAUUCUUCUCUUGUACAUUUUAUUUUGUAAAAACCUCCAGUGACUUCCUGAUGUACUUUAAUCUGAUUAAAACAUGCUGACCAAUCA